AUGUUAUGCGUUCAAAGUAAAAAACUGAAAUGUGCGUUACGUAUUUUUGGAAUUUGUAAACAUGCUGCGCAUCUUGCUAUCCGUAACAUGUCCGAGAAGUACGUGAAGGAAAUUUUAGAGAAGCUCGAGGAAAUCGAGAAACUGCACGCGAAACUGCGUCGUUUGGUGCCGCGCGUGAAAAAUCAUGAGCCAGAAAAUCCAAGUUUGAACGCCGCUUCCCGAAGGCGUUCGACUAAUAUGGGAAAUAAACAGCCUGUCGCGAGAGAGACGAUUAAAAUGGAUCUACCGGAACAAAAGCCUAUCGGUUUUCGUCGGGAUUCAGGAUUCUUGAAAAAUGCUUUUAAAACUUCUACAACGAGGAUGAAAAAGUUGUUCGAUACCAACGCGAGAUCUACGAAACAUCUCAGAAAGUUUCAUCGAGAAUCUCAGAACAAGUGGGGGAGAUUUAAAAGGAACUCCAUCGAUUUCAUCACGACACAAUGGCAAGAUAAAAACGACAGAAUCAGAGAUUUUUGGUCAAGCAUAAGCGAACCUGAUGUUAUAUUAGGUAAUGGUUUGUUGAGUUUAGGACUUCUACCAUUUAUAGUCACCAGAGCUUCUCAGACAUCAGAAACAGACAUAAAAAAAUUAGCUUCGAGAAGUCCUUCGCUUUUUACUCCUGAACUAGAAAAAAGAAGAUCCACGCCUACGAAUUUGUCGAGGCGGUUGAAAAAACGCUUUAGUUUUUCUCGUGAUCCUAGUCCGAAAGAGAGUACAGUGAUGGUUCAUCAUAAUUUAAGCGAAAGUGAACCGCAUAAGGUACGAAAAACGUCAUUCGUUCCAGAUGAGAAAUCGGAAACAUUAAAGAUUGUUUCGUCUGCGAGAAGAAUCUCUGUCGACGGUUGAAAACAACCUUCAUCAAGUAGUCGAGCAAACAAACUGGCAUCUACUUAGGAUAGUAUUCAAAAAUUUCUGUACGAUCAUCGAUAUCGCGCGAACUACAUACUAGUUUAGUAUAAAUAUUUAUAAUUUCCUUCAUAAGAAAUUGAUUAAAAUAGGAAACAAAAAACAGAAGGAUCCAAUUAGUGGCAUAUUAAUGUCGCAUAAUUUGUUAAUUACGCAAAUAUGAUUUUUAUUCAUUUAAAAUAUGCGUCGUAUAAUUCCCGUCGCUGUAAUCCACCGCCAUUUGAAUCCGGUUCGAAAACGUUGUCAUGAUGGUACUUUAAGCAUCCUGAUGGGAAGGAAAUGUUCGAAAGAAACCUUAGAACGCGUGGGCUGGAUGAUGGGGGUACCGGAAAGGCGAGUUCCACCGGAAGUCACGGAGGUUCAAACGUAACAUUACGAUCACGAGUAAACCCUUCGAUCGUGCUUUGUUUAAUUCCAAUUCCGAUUUCCCGACUAACUGAACUCAUUCGCCAUACAACUGUACAUUACACGUGGCUAAUAUUUAAUUUUUAUUAAAUCCGAUUUUCUUUCCAAAUUCUCUGUUCUGUAUUUUGUUCUUUAACAGACAGACAUUUUCCUAUUGCGUAUCUACUUUAAAAAGAAACAAGUUCAGCGUAAUUAUGAAGAGCUUCGCAAUUUUCGCCACUGUUUACUUAUAUAGUUCGAUUUACGCAAGAACUGACGUUGCCAAUCGAGUUCAGCGACGAUCAAGGACAUUAGA